GCUUAGAGGAGCAGUACUUAGAGGUGGUAGAUGCUGAACAGUGACGGGUGUGGCAGAAACAUUGCGGUUAAAAAAACAACAACUGGUCACUGAAUUUGGAUACAUUUGGAAAUUAUGAAACUACAGGCUGUACUUUGCCUCGUGCUGCUGCUCAAUUAUGAGAUUUCUUCAUGCACAGAUCUCUGGGUGAUACCUGGUUCCUCUCUGGAGCUGCCCUGUCUUUCAUUUCAAAAUGACUUCACUGGAGCGGCCAUCACCUGGAAAUUCAAUGGGGAAGAUGUUCUUGUCAGUGCUCAGUCGCCUGGCUCGCCAAGAGUUAAACAAGAUGGAUUGUAUCUCUCUAUAUCUCCUGUUACUGCUGCCAACGAGGGCGAGUACUUGUGUUUGAUAAAGGAUAACAACAUGGAGAUGAUAAGGAAAUACCGCAUUAACGUUGAUGCAUCCUUCAGCUAUGUCAUCAAGGUGUUUGAAGGCUCCACUGCUCACCUGCCUUGCCAUUUCCCACCUUCCAACCAAGUCAAGGCCAAUGCACUUUGGUUCAAAGAGGCAGGUCUUGACAAGAGGACACAGCUGCCGCUUGAAGGCGAUCCAUCAGCUGAUAAUAAGAGAGUGGAGCAGCUUUAUCCACUCGACCAUGAUCAGACCAUCAUCAUCAGAGACAUUGUCAUGGAGGAUGCAGGAAAUUACAUAUGUCAAUCUGCUGAGGAAAAGAAGCUGAGCUCUGUAUAUAUCAUUGUUGAAGUUGCUCCUACUGCAGUUCCUCACUCCUGCAGCGGCUUCACCACACCGUGGGAGCCCUGCCAGGAUGAGAACAGUCGCACAGGGGAGCCCAUGUUGCAGGAAUCCAUCACAGAGUUUUCCAUGAAGCUGUAUUCUUACCUCAGAGAAUCACAACCCUCCAGCAACUUGCUCUUCUCUCCUAUUAGUGUCAGCGGGCUGCUGUUCCAUUUGUUGUUAGGUACAAGGGGUGACACCCGUAAAGCCAUUGAGAGGGCUGUCUGUGUGCCUCAUGACUUCCACUGUGUUCACUUCCAGAUGAAAAAGCUGAGAGAGAAGUUGGCUGGCUCCUUGCAGAUGGCUUCUCAGAUCUACUAUAAUCCACAAAUGAAUCUUAGCGAGUCCUUUACUAACCAGUCCAUUCAGUUCUAUGAAGCGGAGCCCACCAGGCUGCUGGAAACCAGCGAGGAAAACACACAGAUGAUCAACAACUGGGUGGCAAAUAAGACCAACAAUAACAUCAAACACUUGGUCGACUCCGUAUCACCCAGUACACAGCUGAUGCUGCUCAACGCUGUCUCCUUUAGUGGUCAGUGGAAGGUCAAGUAUGAUAUGAAACCCAAGAAAGGACUUUUCGCAAAACUGAAUGGUGAUCUGGUGAUGGUGUCGCUCCUCUAUCACCAGAAAUACUUGGCGGCUAUGGCGUAUGUAGUUGAGCUAAAGGCUCAGGUGGCAAGGUUUGCCCUCUCGGGUGACAGCAGUCUUUACAUCCUGCUUCCUCGCUCCAGCAGAGUGACCGACUUGCAGCAGGUGGAGGAGAGGAUGACGGACACGGCUGUGCGUCAAAUGAUUGAACUAAUUAAAACAACAUCUCCUCAGCAUAUCGAGGUCACUCUGCCCCGAAUCAGGCUGAAUAUCCAGUCUGACAUGAACAUACUUAUCAAGAAAUUAGGACUGUCGUCACUCUUCGAGGGUGCCAACAUGUGUGGUCUCUACUCAGAAGAGAGGGUUAUUCUUGACGAUACCAGACACAGAGCCUUUCUCGCACUGAACGAACAAGGAGUUGAGGCCGGGGCCGCCACCACCAUGUCGUUCUCUCGCUCCUUCCCUUCCUUCUCUGCCCUCCGGCCUUUCAUCAUGCUGCUGUGGAGUGACCAGGCCAAUGUGCCACUCUUUAUUGGCAGAGUGACCGACCCAUGAGAGAGAGAGAGAGAAAUGAUAUUUUAUAUUAGUGCAAUAUAAAU